UGAGGGUUACAAUUGGCGAAGGCAGCGUGGAGAGUCUGCGAAUUGCAAUGUUGGGUGGAACUGAGAUGGUGGUCAUAUUGGGCGUGGGACGAUGAAUGAUGAGCGGCAAACAGGGUAUGAACAAGUCCAAGUGGUGAUCAAUAGGAAUUAUGUAGAUCACGCGGCCUGCACCAGCAAACGAGUAAUUACCAACGCGCACCUCUCGCCCUAAUAUCUCAUCGCCUGUUUCCCCUCGCCAACAGCGGGAGUGUCUUUCAAUCCACAUCGGCCAGGCUGGCGUCCAGGUUGGCAAUGCUUGCUGGGAGUUGUAUUGCCUGGAGCACGGGAUCCAACCGGAUGGACAGAUGCCCAGCGACUCGACCAUCGGAGGCGGCGACGAUUCGUUCAACACCUUCUUCAGCGAGACGGGUGCGGGCAAGCACGUACCAAGGGCUGUGUUCAUCGACCUGGAGCCCACGGUGAUCGAUGAGGUGCGGACGGGCACCUACCGGCAGCUCUUCCACCCUGAGCAGCUCAUCACCGGCAAGGAAGACGCGGCCAAUAACUACGCCCGGGGCCACUGCUCCAUCGGCAAGGAGAUCGUGGACCUUGUCCUGGAUCGCAUCCGGAAACUGGCCGAUCUGUGCACCGGACUGCAGGGGUUCCUCAUCUUCCACAGUUUCGGCGGCGGCACCGGCUCGGGCUUCACCUCCCUCCUCAUGGAGAGACUCUCCGUGGACUACGGCAAGAAAUCCAAGCUGGAGUUUUCCAUCUACCCGGCGCCGCAGAUCUCCACGGCUGUGGUCGAGCCCUACAACGCGGUGCUGGUCACCCACUGCACCUUGGAGCACUCCGACUGCGCCUUCAUGAUGGACAACGAGGCCAUUUACGACGUGUGUCGGCGGAACCUGGACAUCGAGCGACCCACCUAUACCAACCUCAACCGCCUGAUGGCACAGUUAGUGUCGUCUAUCACCGCCUCGCUGCGGUUCGACGGCGCUCUCAACGUGGACCUGACUGAGUUCCAAACCAACCUGGUUCCCUACCCACGCAUCCACUUCCCGCUCGUCAACUAUGCUCCCAUUAUUUCUGCAGAGAAGGCUUACCACGAGGAACUGUCCGUCUCCCAAUUGACCAACGCCUGCUUCGAGCCGGCCAACCAGAUGUUGAAGUGCGACCCUCGCCAGGGGAAGUACAUGGCGUGCUGUAUGCUGUACCGCGGGGACGUGGUGCCCAAGGACGUCAACGCCUCCAUCGCCACCAUCAAGACCAAGCGCUCCAUCCAGUUCGUGGACUGGUGCCCGACCGGGUUCAAGGUGGGCAUCAACUACCAGCCCCCGACAGUUGUUCCAGGGGGCGACCUGGCCAAGGUGCAACGCGCUCUCUGCAUGCUGAGCAACACCACCGCCAUCUCCAUGGCCUGGACCCGUCUCAACAUCAAGUUCGACAAGAUGUACGCCAAGCGGGCCUUUGUCCACUGGUACGUGGGAGAGGGGCUGGAGGAAGGAGAGUUCCAGGACGCGCGGGAGGACAUGGCGUCGCUGGAGAAGGACUACCAAGAGGUGGCCGUGGAUUCCGCCGACCUCGAGAGAAGGGGGGAAGAGGAAGAAUAACAUGUAUUAGUUAAAAGU